AUGUCCUCAGUCUUCGCCAUCGGUGCCGGCGCAGCCGUCGCCGCCUUCCUCGGCCGAGCAGGUCUCGUCGCAUGGCGCCGCUCCCGAGGCGGUGUCGGAGCCAUGGGCAAAGCCUUUUACAAGGGCGGAUUCGAGCCCAAAAUGACCAAGAAGGAGGCCUCGCUUAUCCUCUCGCUCAAUGAGCGCACCAUCACCAAGGACAAAGUCCGCAAGGCCCACCGGACGAUUAUGCUGCUGAACCAUCCUGAUCGAGGCGGUAGCCCGUAUCUCGCGACAAAGGUCAACGAGGCCAAGGAGUUGUUGGAUAAGCAGACGUGA